UUCUUUGGACAAUCUAUUACGGAAUCAAUGACAAGGCGCUAGUGUUUCUACUUUCGAGCAUCCAUUAAGUGUCGCAAGCAAAAAACGUAUAUCCUGUACUUUUCAAAGUAGUUUAUCGUUAACUAUAUCUCAUAAUGUCCGAGAAGAAAGCUUACCCUGUAGCUGGUCAGCCUCCAGCAGGUUAUGUGCCUGCUCCUCCUCCAGGAGCCUAUGGAGGUGAGUUUCCAGGCGCAGGUGCUCCAUAUGGAGUGUUCCCAUCACAGGCGCAACUUUAUGCUGCAGCUGCUGCAGCCCAGGGUCCACCACCAACUUAUGACCAGUCUUUGGCACACCCUGCUGCAGCCACUGCUGCUGCUGUGAACCAGCAGGUCAAGGAAGCGUGCUUACAGUGUAGGAAGUGCCAUGCCAGCAGCAAUCAGGAGUUUUGUUCUAUGAUGUAUGCACAGAGUGCUGCAGCUGCACAGAUGUAUGCAGCUCAAGGUUAUCCUGGAUAUCUGGGAUAUCCUACAGCAGCUGCUGCAUACAGUCCUAUGCAGGCAUACUAUCCAUCUCUUGCAGCUGCAUACUCUUAUCCAGGCAUGCAGCCUGCCCAGCUGCGGCCCACAAUCAUGGUUCCUAAUGGCUUUGAUGCUGGAGCACGAUUUGAUGGAAUUGCACAGCAAGUACUGCCACCAGCUCCACCUGGUGUUCCAGCAAAUGCUGCACAACUGGCAGCCAUGGCAGGUCAUAAUGUUGCACUCUCUCAAAAAAAGGGCUCAUUCCUGGCUGGAGGCAGUGAUGGAGGAUAUACCUUUUGGUAGAUGGUGUGGUUGUUGGAUAGGCAUGCAGCGGGCUAGUAGCAACAGAGAGCAGGGAGGUGGGCGGUGACAUCCAACAAGCACCAAUAUUUGUAUAGACGUUUUUUAACAUCCUAAUGUCUUCUUCUCAUUCAGGCACAUAUCUGUGAGUGGAAUACUCGUUAUAAUGUUUGGCUUCAUACCGUGUGUCAGUAGUAUCGUAUACCGUCUGUGAUUUUGUUUGUAUAAUAUAUGUGUUCAAAAUUAUUUGUCAGUAAUUCCAAAUUAAUAGUGAGACUUAUUUUCUUGGAGAGCUCAUUACCUCUUGUCCCCUGCUGUGGAACAGUGGUGCCUUGAUAUCAAAAGUUUGGAUGUUGGGACUCAUUGUUAAUUAUAUGAAAUAGCUGGCUAAAAGUCAAAUCACAUUCUAGUAAUGCUAGUUGUAAUGUGUUUUAAUGCCAGUUUGACAGUUCUUGAACAGGCUUCUCUUUCUAAACCUGGUGUUUGAGGUAUAAGAGCCUUAAAUGACUGCAUUCCCGUACAUAGAAUAUAUACUCAUCUGCCUCCUGGAAUGAGUGAGAUUUGGUUUUGGAAAUUCUUGUUUUGUAAAUGACAGUUGAUGCCAGACUGCUAGGUUGCAACACUACACUGUAAGACAUGUACUUUGAGGAAGAGGAAGACGUUAGCUGUAGACAGUUGUAUUGUCCCAGGAUAAUAUACAUUCUUGUUAUGUGAAAGUCUUACAAAUAUUGGUGCAGUUUUUGAAGGCAUGUGAUUUCAUGAUCAGAGAUGUGAUGACUUUGUUUUGUAAUGUAGCCCCUGUUACUUUGACCCUUUAAUUUGAAAAUGAGCAAAGGGUUGUGACAGUCAUUUAUAUUGAUAUAAAAAUACAGUAAUCCCUCAUUUGUACUUCUACCUUUACUUGCAGCACUAUGGAUACUUCAGAGUUAUUUAAAGCCAUUAAGUCAGUUUGAGGGGAGUUACAGCUGCAGAGUGUUUAUAGAAUGUGUAUAAUCAUUUAAAGAAGUGACGAAGGAUGGGAAGUAUAUAGUGUUUGGAUCUUAACCAUACAAUGAAAUGACAAUAUGGACAUAUGGCUUACUCUUUCACAUGAUUAACAUCUGCUUUCACUGCAUAAGUUAUUGAUAUUGAUGAUGAACGUUUCUUCUUUUUGUAUAAAGAAGGAAAAUCAAUUGUUAAUGUUGUUAAAUUAAUUUAUUAUACUCAUUUGUUUCUUAAGAAGUUGCAAAGAAAAUUUAUAGACUAAUUUGGCAGAGAGGCAUUAGCAGUGACUGGAAGGUCAGAUUAUUACAAAAUAUUCAAUUUUAUUGUGCAGCAAAAUAAUACAUGAGAGGAGGAGAGGGAAUUGGUGGCUUUCUGAUACUUGCAAGUAUGGAAUUGUAUGUAGGGGAAGGAGUACAAUUUUUGUUUUGCUAGAAUAUCAAAUAGUUUUAAUCAGUUUAAAGAAGCAUGUAUCUUAUCUUUCUUCCCCUUGUUCAAGACUUGCAAGCCAGCCAUCCGAACAAUAUAAUUUCCCUUCUUUAAUGAUUGUUUUUUGGGCAAAAUUAAGAUAGAGACAGUGUAACAAAAAAUUAUGAUGUAAUACUGCAAAGAAAUUUUAAUAAAAAUAUAAAAUCUUUUUUAAAUGUGGCAGGAUGUCAUACAGGUGUAAUAAACUGUCUUUACAACAAUUUCAGUAGCAAAGAUGCAUUUCAAGUGCGUGGUUAUAAAAGUACACAUUUACAUGAGUAGCAGUAUUUCAGAAGACAUGACUUGGGCAAAGGUUCUUUGUGGAUUAAAGAGUUGAUGGUAACAAACAAUGUGCUAACCUACAAGCUGAAAAAUCUGGAAUGGUUAAAAAAGUGAAUCUGUUGCCCUAUAUUUUUAGAUGGAGAUGGGCUGAGCCACAAAUGGUUUGUUGUUUUUAAAUUUGUCUUUCAGAAUCUUUGGAAUGGAAUUAGAGCAGCCAUGCUUAGAAUUUCUCUGUUUUAAUAAAGUGUGGGAUAGCCCAUUGUUCUUCCUAGGUGUUCAGUUGUAGGCACACAACACAAAUUUUAACAUUCAGCUCUUUUAUUAAUAAAACCAAAGUACCAUUAUAUAUAUGGCUUGGUUUUUAUAUGUAGUUGCUUUAGCGAGGUGCAACUGGUCACCUUAUCUCAGUUCUGAAGCACAGUUUUUUAUUUUUACAAACACUGCCCCACCAAAUUUACUAUUUGAGCAUUACUAAACCUGUAGCAGAAUUAAAAGUUGUAAUUACAGUUUUUAUGAUUUCCCAGCAAUUAUAAUAAAUUCCUAGAAAGAGAUUUAUUUAGUGGCAUGUAGCAGUUAAUUGCUUUACAUAAACAGUGUAAGAUACAAAAAAGUUAUCAGAACAGCUAUUUGGACUGAUGAUAUUACAGUAAUGACAGCUGUGUGCACCAAAAUGUAUGUGACUGUGACCUCAUAGGUGCAUUAUUUCAGAAUAAACAAACUUCAAAAUGCUGUGAAUCUAAGGGUAUCAAACAGUCAUCGCAUGGCCCUCAUUUAUUUCUUGGCUAACUUUUAACAUAAUAUAACUGGAACUGUUGCAUAAAUAUUAUUAUUAGUGACAAUAAUCCACAAAAGUAACUGCAGUUAUUGUCAGAAGAAACAUUGCAGCAAGUGACUUGAAAACUCUUGAUUUAGAAUGUUUUAUUUAAAAAUACUGUAUGUGGGUAGGGAGCUGAGAGUUAAAUAAGAAGCUUAAACUCCUGUUAUGUAACUUAUAUUUGGGUUUUAAAUUUAGGAGAAGGCUCUUGUAGUUCCUGGUAUCAUCCCUAGUUUGCCUGUUGUAUUACAGAACACAAUCUUUCCUUAUUUUUUAUGUCUUCCCAAGCAUCAUCUUCCUGUGUGUAAUAUAUUAUGGAGCUGGGGACCAGGGGAUUGUAUCAGAGUUAAUUCUUUCAUGUUCUUUUCAAUUCGUUUUGCAGUGUUGUAGAAGGGUUGUCAUUUGUGAAAUUUGUAGCUCUUAUUGUUCUUUCAUUUUAGUUUGUCUAAAACUCAUUUCAGUUGAUAUGGAGUUUCUCUUACAGUCAUUAGAUCUGAAUUGUAUUUUGAGACACAAAUUUCCAGUGACCUUCAUGAUACAUUUGCUUACACAACUUCAUGGCCAGAUUGAAUUGGCAUGUAAACGCUAAAAAGUAUAGAGAGAAUCAAAUUGAAUUGUAACCUGUUAAUUUAAAUUUUGAGCCUAGAAUCUCUGAAUAAAAUGUAGACUAUUAAA